UGACUCUCAGUAGUCUCAGUACUCUCUCAGUCUUCUCUCUGAUUAGUCUCAGAAUCGCCAACGGUCAUACCGCGUUGUAGAAUACCAGUUCUCGUCCGAUCACCAAAUCAUUAGUCUCAGAAUGGCGUAUGAAUUAACCGCUUCAGAUCCAAGAGCCAUGUGCGCACCAAACCAAAACAAACCUUCUCUCUUAUUCCUCCAAGAGAAUGAGAAUGAGAAAAGUGAUAUAGAGCAGAAGAUGGAAGAUUUGAUGCAACACUUAGAGAACCCAUGUCUUAUAGUAACUCCUACUCCAGGUAUCUGUGUAAAGGCCAGAACAAUUAGCAAUGAGAAGAUUUUUGUGAAUGUAUGCAUAUCUGAUAAAAUUCCACCGCCAAAAGAUUUAUCCGAUGCUGAACUACUUAAAAUUAUAGACAAUGAAAACACUAAUUAUAUGAUACCACUAAGCAUUGGAGCGGAAAGAAUGGAAAUGAGCAAAUCUAGUACACCAACUCCAACAUAUGAUGUGAUGAUAAAUUCAGCAUAUUUCAAAAAAUGUAAAGAAAAGCCUCAAUUUAUGGCAUUUACAAUAUUAAUUAUACUAAGUGGAGUAGCAAACAAGUUCGAAAAAGAGAUCUCUACAGAUGAUUUUAUAAUUUUAAAAAACCGAAAGGUAAUAGGAAAAUUACAGCAACAUCGAAUAGAAAAUCGUAAAGUCAGAAAUCAUCCACAAGUUCCUAAACCACUGAUUGAAGAAAUGUCAACUAAAAGUCUUUCACAAGAUGAGAAUACAAAACUGAAGUUUUUAAUUUUAAAAGAACCACAGAAAGGUCCAGCUGAGCGUCUAAUCGUUUUAUUUGAUAUGCUAAAGAGUGUUUUAGUUGAGGAUGUAGUAGUACUGGUGAACUCUGAUCGUAUAAAUGUUACAAAUGAGAAAGCUUGUCGCUCGUCCGAUGUUUUUCUUCCCUACACAGUCAAAGCGGAUACUGCAAGAGCCUUUUUAGAUUUCAAUAUGAGGGUAUUACGUGUAGAUGUAUCAGUAGAGCCGAAAUAAAGAAAAUAAUACCCCAAAAAAUAA